AAGCAAACUGCAUCAGCGCGAGAUAUAAAUAUGAUUGACGAUAAGGAAAUUAUGACAGCACCUAUUUUAAUGAAAUAAACAUUGGCUAAGUGAGAACAGCUGUCCAGUAUUAAGUAAUAUAAGCGUAUGAUUCCAUCUUUGGUAAUUACGUGUAAAAAUAUGUUUUUUUGAGUGGAAGAUAUCGAAACGGUUCGCUCUCGGUGACAGGAAGCAUCAUUUAUAAUCAAUCAUACAUUUUCAAGUGUAAGUUCAGCGCGACUAUCAGUAGGGGUCAAGAAGUGGCGAUUAGUUCCACAUUGAUUAAGAUGAAGAGCGAGAUUAUUACAGUAGUUGCGUGCCUGACCGUAUUGGUCUUUCCGAGUUUUCGUGCCGAUUCCGUUAGCAGCAAGGAAGUGGAGUUGGUGAGGAAACACGUGAAAAGGCUGAAAAAGGAAGAAGGCGCGAUUAAGCUUGUCGGUGGUCGAGAGGAGUACGAAGGUAACGUGGAGAUUUUGCACAAUGGAAAAUGGGGUGCGAUAUGCGACGACGAGUGGGAUGCGGCCGAAGCGGAUGUCAUCUGCAGGCAACUGGGUUACUCGGAAGGUGUUGGGAAACCGACCCAUAAUUCCCAUUUUGGACCUGCUAGACGUCAGUAUUGGAUGGAUAACGUUUAUUGUGAUGGAUCUGAGGAUGAGAUUACUUCUUGCAGAUUCGACGGUUGGGGCUCGCACGAUUGCGAAGUUAACGAGGCGGCCGGGGUGAUAUGUUUUCAGGAAUUAAAUAAAACUGAAGUGGAGAAACCCCAAAUGAGAGAUAACGUAAUGGUGCGAUUGCCAAGAUAUGUGCGGGUUCGUCUAAGAGGUGGCAGAGUUCCUAGCGAAGGUCGAGUGGAGCUAAAGACAAAAAGGGGCAACUGGGAGAUAAUAUGCGGCGACGGUUGGUCACUACUCGAGGCGAACGUGGUGUGCCGAUCACUUUCGUUGGGUUACGCCAGCGACGCCAUGCAAACCAAUUACUUCGGCGGCAAUUUGACCGCCGCCAGCUUUUCGGGGGUGACCUGCACCGGAAGCGAGGACUCGUUGCGCCAGUGUCAGCACGACAUCGGCAAUAAGGGCAUUUGUGUCGGACAAGAGGUGGCGGCCGUCUACUGCGUCAGCACGAUGUCCGAUUUGGCGGUGGACGCCGGUGAGCUGAUGCGGACGGCCCAUUUGCAGGACACCCAAAUGUUCUUCCUACAGUGCGCCAUGGAAGAAAACUGUUUGGCCUCGCACGCCUACAAAAUUCAGAAGGAAUCGUCGGAUUGGCACCUGGAAACCAGGCGACUGUUGCGGUUCACCGCAACGAUUUUAAACAUUGGAACCGCCGAUUUCAGACCAUACCUUCCGAAAAGCAUGUGGGAAUGGCACAUGUGCCACAUGCACUAUCACAGCAUGGAGGUGUUCGCCACGUUCGACGUUUACGAUUGGAAUGGUGUUAAGGUGGCCGAAGGGCAUAAAGCUUCCUUCUGCUUGGAGGACAACCAAUGUCUUCCGGGCGUCGAGAAGCGUUAUGCCUGUGCGAACUACGGAGACCAAGGGAUAUCAGUCAACUGCUCCGACAUCUAUAAGCAUAACGUCGACUGUCAAUGGGUGGACGUCACCGACAUCGAACCUGGCGUUUACACCCUGAAGGUGGCCGUCAAUCCCGAAUUUAAGAUAGGCGAAAUGAGCUUCGAAAAUAACGCGGCUGUUUGCACGUUUUAUUAUACGACGAUGUUCGGCGCAGUCACAAAUUGCACAUUAACCAGGCCUUAGAUUAAAAACGCCAAAAGCAAUUUGUUUUCUAGGUACAGUAAUUAAUUUUAAUAUGUGUGCAUGUCUUAGGUAGCUAAUUGCAUUAUGUAAAUAUCCGUAUGGAAAUAAAGCUAUAAAGCAGACAAUAAAGCGUCGCGAUGGUUAUUUUU